AUGGCCGACAAAUCGCCUCGAGCGCCGUCGCCCGAGCUCUGGCGACGGCGCCCAUUCACAUCGCAGACCGCGUCCUCCCCAGUCCAAGUCGCCGUCGUCGUCCAGCGCCAGUCGCGGCUCUCCAGACCACAGAUCACUCGAGACACGCGGGUCUCCACCCUACAGCAGCUGGGCCCAGCGAUGGCGCAGUGGCUCGCCGCCUCGCCAUCGCAUUCCGCGCCCCUAUAG